AUGCGUAAGCGAAAAUCUGUUAAGAAAAAUGAUGACGAAUCUGAUGGCUCCGAACCCGGGGCUGAGCCAGAAGAAUUUCAGGAUUCUGGUGAAGAUUGGACGCCGGAUGCCGAUUCGAAUGAGCAGCCUGGCCGCGGCACUCGUAAACGAACUUCAAAGCCCUCUAUGAAUAAUACGAAGAAGAAACGCAAAAAUUCGUCAUCAGAGGAAAGUGAGGGAGAAGGAGAAGGUGAAGGCGAAGAAGAUGAAGAAGCAGAAGAUGAAGAAGGAGACCUUGAUGAAGAGGAAGGUUCUGAUGAUGAAAAAAAUGGGUCUGAUGGAAACAAGUCUGACUCAAGUCAAUCUAAAGAUGUACCAAAGCAUUUCCAUUCUGGAAACUUUGUCUUGUUAAAAUCUGAUGUGAAGUGGGAUGGGGACACAGUAAUUUCAAAGCUGGAUGAAUUGAAUUUGUGGAAAAUAGAUGGUAAAGCAUUGCUGCAGAAGUUUAUCCCAAUGGAAUCAAAUGGAAAAGUUUUGCACAAAUGCACAUGUGUGUACUCUGGAUGGAAUGUGGACAACAGAGACAAUUAUUAUCCCAUCACUGAAAUACUUGAUCGUAAUCCUCGUACAGACUCCAAGGAAAUAUGUGUAGCAUUAGAUCUAAAUGAUCUUAUCAAAGUAAAGGACAAGUAA